AUGGCAAUCAGAACGGAUCUUCAGACAAACUCGAUGAAUAUUUAUUCUCAUCCAGAAAACUAUUCACCACCACCAAGUUCAAAUGAAUCCGAUUCGUCAUCGUCAUCAACAUCAUCGACAACGAAUUCGACAAGUUCAAUGAAUUCAAUUCAUUCUCAAUUAUGUAUAUGUCCCAAUCGAGAUUGUGUCAUCCAUGAUAUUCAACGUUUAACAACAAUUCCUUCGGAAUUAUCAACAACAUCUAAUCCAACCUAUGGAAAUAAAAAUCUUUUACUUUAUUAUGCACAUCUGGAACGAUGUCGUCGACAUGGAUUAAAUUUUCAUCAAAACACACCAUUAUGA